AUGUCUAAGAUUAACGAUUCUGGUGGCCACGAAUAUGACGGUGACUUUGACCUACCUUGGGCUAUGCCUGACCGAUUGCAAUAUAAGAAAUCAAAAGCAUCGAUGGAUGAUAGCUUGAAGAAUCUCAGUCGCAAGUCCUUUCGUGAUCUCGUGCAAAGCCUUGCGAAAGAAAGGCUUGGUGACCCGAAUCUUCGACUUUUUCUACACGAUAACAGCUCAAUCCCAAUCGCACAAGUACUUCACUAUGGGUUGUCAUGCGACAACCCCGCAGUUGGGCCAUACAUCAUCAUGGAACGCGUCGAGCAUAUCUGGUCCAUGUCACAGAGAUUGAACAAGAACUUCAGGGACAAAGAAGUUCGAGCCAUCCUAGACACUGAUAUAUCCACAACCAAACUCAAGGCACUGGACGUGCAAAUGGUUCGAUACCUCUUACAGAUAUUUUCACAUCGUUUCCCUCGCAUCGGAACACUCGCUCGCUCCGAGGCAGACAAAUACGUUGUCCGAAGUCGGCCAAUGUCAAUGGACAUGCAGCAGACAAUUGAGCUUGCAAACAUCCCCGAAUCGGCAUUACCAGCCAAGAACAAAACAUACUCGACAGCUGAUGAAUGGUAUAUGGCGUGCUCGUGGAUCAACGUUACUCCGAUUCUCUUCCAACAAAACGACGUCUUCUUUUCGGCAGACGAUUUCAGAAACAAGUAUACAGCGAGGUUGAUAUUUCACCGGCUGGCUAUUGAAGGAAAACUUUCAAAAUUUGGUUUCGAAGAAGACUCCUGGUCUGAGCAGUCCCGGGAGUUCCGUGCCCAGUCGCGGCCAAUCUGUCCGGCGCCAAGCAGCACCGGCGACUUUGUUCUCUGGUGCGACGACCUACGCCCUGAAAACAUCCUAUUGGAUGAAUCUGAUGACAUAACUGGUAUUAUCGACUGGGAGUUUUCUUAUGUUGCACCGACGCAAUUUUCGCUGGAUCCGCCAUGGUGGUUGUGCCUGCAACCUCCUCAUGAUUAUGACGAUGGGGGGCUCGCGGGCUUUAUCAAGACAUACGACGACCGCGUCAAGAUAUGGCUGGAGGCUGUUAAGGAUGUGGAGAAGGAGCCUGAUUUCGCCUCACUAGGCCUGCCUGACGGGAUCGGGAUGUCCAGAUACAUGCGCGAGAGCUGGGAGACGGGGCGUUUCUGGCUGAGCUAUGCCACUAGGAAAGUCUGGGGCUUUGAUGAGAUCUACUGGAAGUGUCUGGAUGAGAGGUUCUUUGGCAAGAGGCCGUGUGGCGUACCCAGGGAGAAACUUUGGACUACUCGGCUUCAUUUAUUAACCGACCGGGAGAGGGAACUCAUGGAACCUUUCGUGCAGAGGAGGGGGGAAGAGACCAAUGAGAGGAAGUUGAUAGAUCAUUGGGAGCCAGAGGAAGUCCGGAGGCGAUUCCAAGAGUUCCUCGGGGAGUUUUGA